GCGUGGGACCGGCUUGCGAUGAUUCGCGGAGGCUGCCUGUAACGUGAGGAAACUUAGAAGUUCCAAGGCUGCGAGGAAGUUGUACGUGCGCAGUGUGUUCCAGCUAAGUCCGGUUGAAGAAGGGGCUGAAAGAUUUCGAAGGGGCAAAUAAGCCAUUCUGGUACCAACCACGUCACCGCCCCAAGAGGAUUUCUUCUGCCCACUGCCCUUUUCGGAUUGGUAUUAGGACCUGGGGCUUUCCUACUUGGCAGUGGCCGCCUGUGCAGACCCAGGCCGGGCGUUCGUGCCCAAAGCACGCAUGACCAUGAGCACUGAGGCGGCAGCCGGGACAGACAUAUUGCGGGGCUUUCUGAUGCUGCAACUGAUUCUGUGGUGCUGGGUGCCCCCCGCAGAUUUCUUCAUAGUGGAGAUGGCAGGGAAGACUCAGACUGUGCUGCUGAAUGCCACUGCCACCAUCUACUGCAAGGUCCCUGGUUCCCAACGCCAUAACAUCAGAACUAUGGCCAUUACCUGGUUUCGGAAGCAUCAGGUGAAUGGAGCAGAGGACAAGGUGUUUGAGUUUUAUGGAAGCCACCAAAAGGCAUUCCGACAAGGAGCCAGCGUGAGUCCACAGAGUCUGGAGAUGGGGGAUGGCUCACUGAAACUGCCUGGAGUCCAGCUGAGGGAAGCAGGAGAGUACCGAUGUGAGAUGGUGAUCACCCCUGAAAAGGCCCAGGGAACAGUCUAUCUGGAGGUUGUGGCUUCUCCAAUCAGCAGAUUGUUUCAGGAGGAUGCCGUGGUAAAAGAUCAUGACAUUAUUAUUGUGUGUGAGUCAAGUGGGUUCUACCCAGAGGACAUUAGCAUAACUUUAUGUCAAUGGACCUGGGAGAAUUCUCAGUACAUGAAUUGUUCUGAAGCCAUCACCUCUCGUAAAGCCAUCAAGAAUGAAGACGGCACAUUUAAUAUCACUAACCGUUGGAGGUUGAAGCAAUCUCAGGUGCACAGUGGGACCAUCUGCCAAUGUGUGAUAAGGCACGUAUCCUUGCCCACCUCCCAGAAGUUGAACUUCACCCUGUCUGGAAUAGGAUCUGAGACAGGAAAUUGCUUGUGGAUCAUCAUCAUUUCCAUCAUUUUCUGUUUUGGGGUGAUUGUUUAAAUUAUACUGCUUUCAACAACACUUUGGAAAAGAUUCACGUGUGGUGGCUUGUGACUCUGGGGAGAUCCACUGUAAAGCUCCUCUGCGUCUUCUUAACAUACAAGUCUCACUGUGGACCAGACCCCAUGUAUUAGUUCAGACCCGGCCUUUGAACUACAUGUGGACCGCAUUGUUGUUUUCAAACACAGAAACCACAGCUCAGAGAGGGGAUUUUCUUCCCCCACGUGUUCAUAUUUUGUUAAUAGCUCAAUGGGAUAGUUUACAACCAGAUUUCAUGGUUAAACAAGAAUUUCUAGCUCUCACUGGUGUUUCCAAACUAAGACAUGUUUCCAAACAUGUUUAUCCUUAACUGUAGUCCAAAUAGCAGAUAAAACAGCUCAGGUUGUAGAGGCCUAAGAGACCGGUGUAAACAUGUUGGUUAAAUUGGUUCUAGAUAUUAAAUUGCCCUCAGUUAGGGUAUUUAUGGGCCUGCCAAGGCAGAAUCUGUGCAAUAGCUAGUACAUCUUAUUAGAAAUGCUUUAGGAAAAUUAGAAUGAUCAAUUAAUCAAGAAAAAAGGCUAUUUAUUUAUCUAAAGUUGGCCAACUGAUUCAUGGGACAUAUUCUCCUGAUUGGACUUAGGCCAAUGCGAAAACUGUGUAUAACAUAGUUUUUCGGUGUUUCUUGUGAUAUUUAUGAAUGUUCUCAUAUUUCUUACCUUCCUCUGGUGCUGUCGCCAUAAGCGGACAUGUGACCAGGUUAUUUAUUGAAAAAGCCUUCAUGAUCACUCUGGUUUGCAAUGAAGGCUCCAGUCCUCCAUCCUUCUCUAUAUCCUUGUCCUUUGCCGUAUAACUUUGUAGUGCCCUCCAAUCAUGGGCUGCCCCUUAAUCCUGGGCUCAGCUCUAUGAUUUGCUUUGGCCAAUAGAAUGGGAGAGAAGUGAAAGAAGCCUUGUAUAUUUCCAUUUGCUUUCUUUUGUGCUUCUGACAUUGGUGAGAGGAGGACACGUCCAAAGUAAACUGCUGGAAGAUGAGAGACACUGGAAGUUGGAGCUAAUUGCUCUGGAGGGGGCCAGUGUACAGUAAGUCUUCACUUAACGUCCGUAGAUUCUGCAACUUUAAACAACACGACGUGUGAUGAAGCUAAUGUUACUAUAGACUAAUCGAUAUAAACAAGAGUUAAGUUCUUACGGUGUUUCAUCAAUGUUAUAAUGAAACAACAUUGACUGAAACCACAUUAUUUGAGGACCAGCUGUAGAUUAGAUGACAGCCACCCAACGCCCAAUGUGAACAAAUCUCGCUGAGAUUAUCAGCAUCAACAGAGCCAUCUCUCACGUGUGAGAAACAAAUAUUUAUUUUUUAAGAGCCACUGUGUUUCAGGCUGGCUUGUUACACAGCAAAAGCUAACUGAUAUAGCUCCUCAGGAGGCUGAGUUUUGACCAAAAAAAGUGUGGUUGCCAUGGAGAUGUGCUCCUGAGACCCUCUUUGGCAGAGUCUACUAUGAAGAAUGUACCCAGCCAACAUGUUCCACCUGUGUCAUCUCAGGGAUCUGCCGCAGUAUUCGAUUUGAUGCCAUGCUCACUCCAGGGAGCUCCAGCCAGUGGCUGAACAAAGCAGGAGUCUUUGGGGCUCCCUGUUGGAGUGGCUGAGACUUUCUCAGAGUUGCACAGUAGUCUGAAGCUCUUGCUACCGAAUCCUCCCUCCUUCGUCCCUUCACAGAUAUCAGAUCUAUGUCAUGGUCUAAGGGCUUUUUCCACCUACCUCUGUGCCCUCUUUCAUUGGCAUUACUUCCGAUGACUCUCUCCUAUUUCUAACACCUUGAAAGUUGCUUCUCAGAAGACCCAAACUAAUAUGAGAAGGGACUAAAGAAUUGUAACACGGUGCUUUCAUUAUGGUGCCUUCAUGACGUAUUCAGAUUGGGGAGCCACUGGAACACAGGCUGUUCUUACACAGUGACAGCAGAAACCACAAGCUUUCUCAGAGAAUGUGUAAGUAACGGAAAUCACUUUUCCUGAUGACCCACACAGCUUGCUCAAGAGCAGACUGUUUAAGCUGCCCUCUUUGGAUAUCCUCCGGCCAAUCAGCUUUUUCUAAGAAAAGGAUAAAGAAAGCAGCACUUUCCAAAGAAGAUAUACAAAUGGACAGCAAGUACAUAAAAAGGUGCUCGACAUCAUUAAUCAUCAGGGCAAUGCAAAUCCAAAGGAUGAGCCAUUACCUUGCCCUU